CACUGACGAGAAUUAAAAAAUGGUUGUUGUUUGAAGGUUAUUUUGUAUGAAAUUCAAAAUUGGUUCCGGAAAUAUGGUCGCUUUAGAGAUUAUAACGAUCUUUCUGUUAUUCGGUUUCUUGGUAACUCCUUCUCUACAAAUCUGGAAGUUAUCGAAACCAUCGAAAGGACAAGUCAAAAUAGUUUUAUUGCCGUUUGUAUCGCUUAAAGCGGGUGAUGGAAAAGCAGAAAUCAUAUACAAAGGAAGAAGUAACACGAGUGAAGAAUAUGACGAAAGAUUAAACGAAGGAACAUCGAACCAAAAUGAUUUUCAAGACGGAGAAACCUUUCUAAAUUCAAAUACUUCCUCUCCAAAUAGUGAAAACGAAGAAAUUAAGAAUCUUCCUGAUAAUAACGAUAAUUACAGAGUAUUCGUGCAGUCGGGAAAUAUUUACAGAGGAGCAAACCAAGAAAACUUUCAAGUAGACGAUACGAAAACAUUUGAAAGAGGUGUACAAAAACAAAACUCACCACAAUUUGACAAUUUAAAUGCAGGAUUUGCUCAACCGGUGAUUCAAACGGGAUUUAGAAACGAACAAAAGUAUAAUAUAAAUACUAGAGAACCGGCCAUUGUUCAUAUUUUAACAGAACAACAAGAUAUAUUUAAUAAUCCCGAACCUGUACAAGCGGCCGAAAGAAAACCUGGAACUUUUUAUCAAAAUUUUAACCGAAAUAUUCAAGAACAAGAACAAAACUUCCAAUAUCACCCAAGAAACUUUAGACAAGGAAAUCAGAAUGCAAAUAACAGAAACAUAGGAGGAAGACUUAACAACUAUCCACCUAGAAACAUUCCCGAAAGAGGUUUUCUUCCUGCUCCUAUCAUUAAACCGACCGAAAAUUUUAACGUUAAUAUCGACGAAAGAAAAAAACCAAUCGCCGAUGGUUAUCUAAGAAUUCCGAUUUCGGGAAAAGAAUCCCUAAAUAAUUUCCAAAAUGGCGGAAGUAGAGAAGAAACCGCCAUUACAAACUUAAGACAGAACACCAAUAAUCAAGGAAGAUAUUUUGACGAAAGUGGUCAUUCUAAUGACAAUAACAGAAAUAAAUCACCUCCUUUUAUAAUUCAAGAUAAAAAUAUAAACGUAAAAUUCAAUAAAUAUAACGGAAACGAAGGGUUUCUUGUAAGAAAAAAUAUCCAAGUUCAACAACGACCGUUAAACCUUCCAGUACAAGGAAAUCAAAACACUAACAUUCAACCCGUUAAUUUAGGAAAUUCGGCUAGUCAACAGAGUCCUGUAAAACCCGAAGAAAAUUCUAAAUUUAUUGUUUCUGAAGAAAGAGUAAUAGGUUACGCUCAAAGAUACAUUCCCGAAAGUCAUCCUAGAGAUAACAAUUGGAAACCGAUGCAGUUUGGUGUACAGUACAGAGGAGCGGUCGAAUAAAAUAAAAGUUAAACCCUACGAAAAUUCAAAUGCCUAUUUACCUAACAACAGAGAGGAACCACCGAAACCUCACCACUUCUCUAACACAAAAGCACCUUUUUCAAACGAUAACAUAAAUGGAGAGAAGCUCCUAACCGAAAGUUACGCACCUCGAGGGAUCAUCAGAGUCAAUGGAAGAAUACAAGUACAGUCGGAUAAUUCUAAAAUUUCCGAAAAUUUUCGUAAUGCAGGGAGAAACCAAUUCCUUCCAUCUCAAGUUAACGAGAGGAAUUUAGGUAAGGAUUCGAAUAUAAAAAACCAUAGAGGUUUUGACUCGGAUGCAAACGUAAACAGACCUAAGAAUGUGUUGAUGACACCCGUAACAAUUAAUCAACCGUCUUCGGGAAAUUUGGCCCAAUCUAAAGAAGAAACCGAGGAGAUCCAAAUGAAUUUAAAUAAUAAAGAGAGUAAAAGUAAUUCGGUCAGAACACAGGGAUUAAUACCAGUGAUUAUAGUACAGUCUUUUAUCGAGGAAGAUGCUGCAGAUAACCAGAAAAAUCAAUAAACCAGGAAUAUUUUAUGCUACAUUAUUGUUAUAGGAUGAUUAAAGAAUGAUUUCCGAUGUUAAAGAAUUGAUUUUCACAGUAAAAACACUAAGUGAUUGGUUAAUAACAAAAAAAAAUUAUUAUUUCAAAUCUACAUUUACAGAUUUUUUCUGAAAUUUAAUGGAGGAAUGUUCAUAAUUAUCAACCGAUGGUUUUAUAUGCAACUUGGUGAACAUAUUCAAAUAUUUUUACCUUUAUAUCUCGAUAUUUACGUCAUAUUGUAGUUAUUGUAAUAUAAUGUACAGUUAUGUAAAAAUAAAAUGAUAUUUUCUGA